AUGACUGAAGCUCCAACUCAUCCACAUCUCCAAGAAGAACCUUCUACGGUAUCUGAAUCCCCCGACCUAUCUGAGGUACUUGAGCAACGUGUGGCCUUGUCGGAUGGUUUGAUAAGGGCUAUAGUCAGUGCUGCAGAGAAUCCAGACGACCCAUUACGAAACGUCUGCAUUCAGACUUUGAUAGAAAUAGGAGUGUUCGAUGUCAGACGUCUAGUCCGAUCAGACGCAUUGAGAACGUUAUUAUUGGUUUUCAAAGAUGGUCCAUGGGAAUUAGGACCGUCAAUAACGGGAUUGUUGUUACAUCUUGUCAAUCAACCAUCAACCAGAAAAUACCUUAUUCCUGGUGCUGACGUGGAGAGCGUCCUCGUUGGUUUAACAGAAGAAUACGGUAAACCCGUAUCACGUCAACCACUCCGUCAAACGGAAAAACUUCAAAGAUGUAUAUCUGACGUUUCCAUGUUAUUGAGUUCAUGGCAAGGAUUAUUAGUGUUGAGUAUGGAUGGAUGUAGGGCUAUCAAAAGUUUGAUCAGUUCUUUACAUGUUCCCAGUUCAGAUGUUAAGGAUGCUUUCUUAAACCUUUUAUAUCAGGUUCUGAGGAUCAAAUCUCCGAAUUGGAAAGAUGCAUUCCUGGAAGGAAAACGUCUGACAGUAUACAACCGCACGCAAGAGGCAGCUUCACAAUUACAAGAUGAUCCAGAAGAAGAUGAACCUCGCCAAAACCUAAAUCUGAUCGAUCAUUAUGUCGCUUUACUCCUUGCUACCUUUAUCGAGGCAGGUCUCGUUGAAUCUUUGAUCGCUUUGAUCGAGGAAGAUAUUGGAAUGUUGAAUAGGAAAGCGACGUUGUUAUUGGGAGAGAUAUUGCAGAUGGCAAAUAGGAUUUUACCUUUACAAUUCGCUGCGAAGUUACAAGCCCUACCUAGACUCUUCUCCGUCGCGGCAAACUUUUCGAAUCCCACCGAAAGACACAUGGCACUGAGUGCACUGUCCUCGAUAGACUCUUUGAAUAGGAAUCAGAGCAAGACUAGUAAAGCUCAGUCGAGAGAUCGAGUUGGCAAUAUACAAGACUCUUUGCAAAGGGGUCAGAGACAGGUUCAGCAGGUGAAAUUGAGGCUGGGAUUGCAGAUCGACGAUAAGCAGUUUCAGCAGAUGAUCAAUGAUUCCGGGGUCUUACUGGGUCGUGAUCACACAAAGUGGAACUACGACGUCAUCCUCGACCUGGUACAAGGACCUUUACUGAAUCCCAAACGAUUGGACGAGGCGAUAAAAGCCACGAAAAUCUUGCGCAGGCUAUUCUCUUUUUACCACCCGUACAACAACCGAUUUUCAGCCAUCAAAAGGACCCGACCGAAUCAUAAAUGGGUCCGUCUUGGUUGUGCUCUAUUAUCGACCAUGCUCGCUAGUCCAGAGGGGAUACGGUUCAUAGCGGAAGACAAAUUACUGCGACAGAUCGGUGAAUGUUUUGGAGAGUUGGAUCAUUACGUGGGCAAGCCUAGCACCCAACCCAUCUUUGCGCGGGACCGAUUGACAACUACCUUGACAUACGGCUAUUUUGAAAUGAUAGGGACGUUGAGCAAACAUGCCGAGGGUAUGAAACUCAUGGAGAGGUUCAGAUUCUUUACGUGUUUCUACCAUUUAUCCGAACAACGGAGUAGGGAUGAUAUCAUACGAAUCAUUAUUGAAUGUUUCGACUAUUCCAUCGACGCCCAUCCCCGUAUAGUUCUCUCCAAAGCUCUCACCUCUUCGUAUAUGGAAACUCGACUAUUCGCAACUCACCAUCUUGGCAGACUGAUGCAUGAAGAAUCUGGAUUGGUUGAUUGGGCACUGCAACUUAUGAUUACUCAGCUGUACGACACUAGUAUGCAAGUUUGUGAGGUGGCCGUGAUGUAUCUUGAAGAUAUGUGUACGGAUACAGAGUGUCUGGAAAAAGUAGUACAGCUCCGUCCUACUUUGGAACAUUUGGGAGAUGUGGGACAUCCACUGUUCAUGAGGUUCGUAUCCACUUCCGUCGGCUUCAAAUACCUUCACUCGACUGGAUACAUUGACCGGGAGCUCGAGCAUUGGAUGACGGAACGGAACUUGUUGUAUGUUGUCGAAACGGAGACAUGGGUUUCAAAGACUCUUCGACCUUUUACGAGUGAUACCAUCCAAGAUUACUGGGAAUACGAAGGUAUCGCCCCUACGCAUUUCCUCGGUGAACUCACCAAAACCUCCGAAGGUUGUCAAUGGUUGAAAGAAAGAGGUAUCGUCUCUGAUUUCUGUGAAACCAUCCGUGUGCAAGGUAUGGAAACGGAAGAUACGAAAGUAUUGACAAAUGUUAAAUGUGUUCUUUGGGCUUUGGGUAAUAUCGGGUCUACGAUAGGGGGAUUACCAUUUUUGGAAGAUGAGGAAAUCAUCGAUGGGAUUAUCGAAAUUGCUGAACAAUCGACUGUGCUCACUAUGCGAGGAGUGGCAUUCUUCGUCAUUGGUUUAAUCUCUUCUACUCGCAUAGGCGCCGAACUUCUGGAAGAAUACGGCUGGGUGUCUACCCGGACAUCAUUAGGUUUGACUACGGGGUUAUGUUUGCCUAAUGAUCUGAGCAGGUUUGCAUAUGUUGAACCGUGGCAACGAAUCCAAAUUCCAGUCGUACCGCCAAAACUCCCAAAGCUUCCAGCGGAGAACGAGAUCAUGUCAGCCAUUGCGAAUUUGAGCAAUUACGUCCUUGCUGCUGGAGCGAUGAAUAAUCUUAAACGAAUCCGUACUCGUCAACCCCGACAUUUCUCUUCUCUCCCUCUCUUCCAUCGCGCUUUACAUAUCAUAUCUCAUAAUCAUUAUCAAGCCCCUGUCCGUAAAUUCGUACUUGAUCUAUUCGACAUAUCACUCACUCCCGAAACCUUGACAGCAUUACGUCGAUUAGAGAUGAAUGAUCAUCAAGACCGUACGAACACCCAACCAUCCAUUUCUGACACUCAUGAUCUCCCCAUGGAGAAGGGACAUCCCGGGACAGAUCUCGAGGACGGGAGACAGGUGUCACUGUACAUGAAUGAAGAAGAAGUCAAAGAACAUAGACGGAAGAGAUCAACGUCUAGUCCCGGUCCAGGGACUGUUCAUACGAAAGGUUUCAUCAUGGAUGAUAUGAUAGAGAAUAAGCAACGAAUGAGGGGGAUGACAAUGGAUACAAGGAGGGACGAAAGUGUGAGAUGA